AACUAUUUAUAAUGUCCAUAAUGUCAUAAGAAUAAUUGUACUCCCAACACAAAUCUCCAAUUUUUUUAGUAAACCAUUCAAUUUCUUCAACGAUUUCCGGUGGUUGUUCAUAAUGAGCUUUCAGGCAAAAUGCACAUCACCGAAGAUCUAUAGCUGCUAGCUUAGUUUCUGCUGCCUAUAUAAUGGAGCAUGACCGUCAAGAAAAUCGGCAAGGGUGUGAAGCUCUUGCACCACAAUGGUGGGAGUUCUUCAAUUUUCAACUGCUGUGUCCACUCAUCGAUACUAAUGAUUCCUCAAUCUUUGGUGCUGUAUAUGAAUUCAAUCCAAAGGCUUUUAACUAUUAUCAGACAGGAGUUAUUCCAAAAUAUGUGAUUGCAUUUAGGGGAACCACUAUCAAGAAACAAUCUGUCUCACAGGAUCUGUGGUUAGACCUCAAUAUUAUUAAACAUGGACUUCAUCAAUCAUCUCGCUUUGGAAUCGCAAUGCAAGCUGUUCAAAGGAUGGUAUCUGUAGCUGGAGCUAGUAAUGUCUGGUUGGCAGGACAUUCUUUGGGCUCUUCCAUUGCAAUGCUUGUAGGAAAAAACAUGGCAAAAAUGGGUAACUAUCUAGAUACAUAUCUCUUUAAUACUCCUUUCAUUGCGGCUCCAACAGAAAAGAUUCAUCAUGAAAAAGUGAAGCACGGGGUUCGUUUCGCUAGCAGCCUUGUCAAAGCAGGACUCACAGUCGCCAUGAAGGGUUCCAAAGAAAAUAGAAAUCCAGAUGAUCUGUUUAAUGCAUUAGCUGCUUGGGUACCAAAAUUGUUUGUGAAUCCAGCUGAUCUUAUAUGCUCAGAGUAUAUUGGGUAUUUUGAACACCGUGACAGGAUGGAAUACCUAGGAGUUUCUGGAAUUGAGAGGUUGGCGACGCAGACAUCAGUGACGGGAUUACUAAAGAGUGCAAUUGGAAGAGAAUCGGAAGUAAUACAUGUUGUUCCCUCAGCUCAUAUGACUAUUAAUCGAAGUCCAUCACUGACUUUCAUGGAAGCUCAUGGGCUUCAACAAUGGCUUAGAGAUGAUUUGCAUUUGCAGUCUAAGGCUUACCAAUACAGACUAUGAUUGACAAAUUUUAACAAUAUUCUUGAUACUAUCAAAUCUUUUAGAGUCAAACAAAGAAAAAUUACCCCAAAAUCAAUUUAUUUAUCUUGGACAUUAUCUUUUAUUUUAAAUUUUGAUUAUUUCCAUGUUAAUACAUUUUAAAAUGUUUUGAAUUAUGAACCCUGGAAUGGGUUUCUGUUUAGUGAAAUUUACAGCUGCGGCACAU